CUCGUCUGAAAACUAUUAGCAUUAGACCGCAUUUUAGACAGAUCUGGUUGCAGUCGUGUAAACUCUGCUCAUUGUGUAUUACCUUGCAAAUAAAACAAACGCGGCAGUUUAAUAAAAUUACUUAACUUCGACCAACAAGCACGUGUUACAAGAAACAGCUUUAUUGUUGAGAGAAUUUUAAGAGAAAGAGAGGGGGAAAAAAACCUAAGAACAGGAAAAAUAUUUUAGUUAGUUUCUUUAGCAGUCAUCAAAAGCAGACGAGACUGCAUAACCAUUUUUGAGGUAUUGUAACUAAAGCUUGGGCACGAAUCAUUUCUUUAAUUAUUAUUAUUAUUAUUUGUAAAGAACACUUGUGAGAGAAAAUUUCCUGGGAUAUGAUUUCGUACGAGAGUAUAAUCGACGAGUUUUACAGCACUGACAAGACAUCGGUCGGGUUUGAGGAGGAACGCGUUGUUCUGGGACCACGGGACAGUAAAACAUUCCAGCAUAUCGGCAGACCGAUCCACGAAUCUCUGUCCGACUCCAAGGCGAAGCGAUCGCGAUCUCUACAGGAUGUGGCUUUCGGCUACAGAUAUUCUCUGGAAAACAGCAAAGAUGGCGGCCCGGAGAGCGCACGAGGACACCUGUGUGACGUCACAGUGAGAUGCGGAGACAAUGGCGGGCCGAACGUGGAGUAUACCAUUAAUGGCAUCGCCUCGCACGAGAUGCCAGUCAUCGGUAUGUACGUAGAUCGCCGAAUAUCACCGGGUUUUCCGUAUCGUGUCCGCUACGUCGGGAGUUUCCGUGACGUUUACGACGGAAAGCCGAAGACUCUGACGUCGAUCGGGAUGGGGUACACCCAUCGACUGACGUUCGACAGCGACAGCUUGAACCACAACGACAACGUGUUCUGGUCGGACAGCCAGCCUGCAGGUUUCGCCUUCAGUAUCCAGGCAGUCAGUCCAGGCGACGUGUUCGUCAUUUACGACGUCUGUUCGAUGCCGCUCGGGGAGGCCAAGGUCGAAUCGCUGUCGUCUGCCCAAGAAGAAAUCGAUACGAGAAUCGAGAACGGGGCCAUAUGCAAAACUGUCCGCGUGUGGCUUGUCUGCAGCGUGGUCUAUUUCCAAGGCCAUCACGGAUUGGUCGAUUUGAAUUCGCCCAGUUCGGAGACGAUCGUCGGAAACGCUCUGGUUGUGAAAUCCAAGGGAGACAAGCGCGCCCAGGUUGUGUGUAUAUCGAACGUUUGUCUGUCUCGAAACGAAGAGUGCACUUUACGAAGAGACUAGCAUCUGUAUGUGUAUGUAUGUUGUUUGUUUGCUACCUGUGAAUACUUGCAGUCGGACUCUGUGAUGUCAAAGGUCUUACACCAUCAUCUCCAAACGAUGGUGCAAAACCUUAAAUACUGGGUCGUACGUAGGGUAGCGGGGUGGUAACUUGUAAGGGAUGUCGGCAGAUGCAGUUCCAAAAACAUACGAAAAAGUGUCCAUUUUACUUUAAAAGUGUUCUUUUUAUCUGCCUGGAGAACAACCUUUAUUACUUUAACCUGUUUCUUUCUGUAUUGCCAUCCACAUGCUGUAAGCUAGAUGCGAGCCCAUGAUGUCAACGAUUUUCUGUUCUAAGAAUAGAUUUAUAAGUAUGUACAUGACAAUGCCGAGCCGUACUUGGCUGAAAGGGGGAGGAAGGUAAAAAGGAAAACACGCCCUUUGUAGUUUAAAAAUGGCCGCUUUAUCUUCCUGGAAAAUACUAUUUACUGUGGUCUGAUUCUAAUUAUUUUUACCACCACCCCACCUCCCUCCAGUCACGGUUAUCUUGUACGACCCUGAUAUGUGUUUAUAUGUCUACCGCUUUCAUGUGUAAAAUGACCAAACAGCAACAUGCAUAAAAUAACGUAUUGCAUCCCUCCAAAGAAAAUAACAAUCACGAAUAAUAACAACAGCAGCAGCAGCAGCAACAACAACAAAAGAUAAAAAACAAAACAAAACAACUUCCUAGUUAAUGCACUUGUAUUCACAAUAACACACGUUUCUCCAGAAAUGUUAAUGCAACGAUUUAUUGUCGUACCUAUCUUUUUGUUUCUUAUUGAUGGGCGUGGCUCAGUUGGUGGUGGGCGGUUGUUACCGCAGUAUUAUUGACACGGCUUCAAUGACAACGCCUCAAAACAGAACUUUCCAUUACAAUAAGACAAUAUUAAGUACCGUAUACCUGGUAAUAUGGAAGGUCGUUAUUUAACGCAUUGACAGGUGGGUACAGCAUCUACACAGCGUUAAUCCCGUAACUAAACAACUGUUUUUAUUUUUAAAAACUCGUCUACAAGUAGGAUAAUGUUUCUUUAGCCAUAUCUUUGUUGUGUAAAAUUAUUGAAUAAUAAAUUAUCGCUUCGUCAAAUUCGCCAAUCUAUAUGCAAAUGAACUGUUGACUAGUAUUUACUGGAGGCGUAAUCUCGCAUAGAAAUAAAUAUUCAUGAGCUAUUGAGAUAACAUUAUUUAGUUGUUUUUAUGGUUGAAAACAAUUCAAAAUCACAUUAUCUUCAAAUAUACAAAUUAACUGUAUAUAGUAGGUUUGCACUCUGACAUGAUAUUUGUAGUGCACAGUCUAUUUAGUGUUUUGGGAAAUAUUGAUAUUAAUAUAACGAUGCAUUUGCAAUUUACAAUUGUUUUGAUAUUUGUUUUGCCUUUCUAUUAAAAGUAAUAUUGAA